AUGUUCACUUCAUCGACUCCCACUUCACUCCGCACCCCAAUCCUUCACCACGCUCUUCCCUCCUCACCCUUCCGUACCAACUUCUCCCCUCUCACCCUUCCACCCUUCCACCGCACUCUCUCCUUCCUCCCCCCUCCGCCGCUCCUCCCGGCGGAACCCUCCCUCUCCGCCGCCGCGAAGGCGGACAAGUCCGGCGAGCAAAAGUGGGUCCACGAGGGCCUUAUCAUGGAGUCUCUCCCCAACGGCAUGUUCCGCGUGCGACUCGACAACGAGGACCUCAUCCUUGGCUACAUCUCCGGCAAAAUCCGAAAAAACUACGUUCGGAUCCUCCCGGGCGACAGGGUCAAGGUCGAGGUCAGCCGCUACGACUCCUCCAAAGGACGCAUCGUUUAUAGGCUCCGCUCAAGCACCCCUUCAUAA